AUGGAGGUCGGUGUGAGGGCUGCUCUGGGACUCACCCUCACCAGCAUGUCUGGCCUCAGCCUCAUCUCCCCCGCCUGGUUCCAGAGCCCUUCCUUCUCCUAUGGUGUCUUUACCUACUGCUCCUGGCCACAGGGUGACUGCUGGAACCAGAGCUGUGUGAUCUUCGGGUCCCUGAAGGACAUGCCCAGCUUGCCCUGGAAGGUCUCAGCUGCAACGCUCCUGGGAGGCUGGCUUUUGCUGUCCAUCAGUGCUCUUCUCCUCUUGGCCUGGGCGCUGGCCCCCAGAAGGUUGUUUCCCGGGAGGAGCUUCGGUCCAACACAGGUGGUGCAGGCAGCAGCAGCGGCCUCCAUGCUUGUAGGGCUGCUGGUUUUUCCAGCUACCCUGGCUUCCCCAUUUGCCAAAGAAGUGUGUGAAGGCUCCUCCAUGUACCACAGCGGAGCAUGCCGGCUGAGCUGGGGCUACGCCACAGCCAUCCUCAACGUGGUCCUGACCAGCCUGCUUGCCAGCAGGUGGCAAGUGACCACAGUCCAGCAGGCAGCCGUCCCCUUCUCCAGCGACAAUCAGAGAGUCAUCCUUGUGCCAGAAUAA